AUGCCGCGGAAGAAGAAAAGCGGACAGAGCCCCGCCAGGGUACCCGGACUGUCAAACGAGGGCGGCGUGGCUAGCAGCGAGCACACGGGCCACCCAGCGCAGGGCUACGACGGUGCCAUGGCGAGUAACGUACCCCCCGCUAGCUCGCUGCCAUGCCAGGACAGGGAGACCGUUGUGAAAAACAUGCGGGAGGUGUUCUCGCACUUGGACACCGAAGUCAUUCGCAUGGUGCUCUCCGAGUGUGACUUCAAAGUUGAAAAUGCCAUGGAUUCUCUUUUGGAACUCUCUGUGGCUGCCGAGGUCACUGCCCCGCUUCCUCCCCACGUGUCUGGCUUUGAGGUUACUGCUGCAGCCCUCCUAAAUCCCCACCAUGCUGAACCGAGCCCAGACCUGAGCCACUCUAAAUCGUCACAGCAACCCCCCUCCCCACCUUUGACAGGAGAGUAUGACUUUCUGAUUGACCGAGAGCUGGAAACGCUGACCAAACAACCAGAAGUUAAGGAGGAAUUGAUGAGUUGUCAGGGUUUUUCCGCUGCUGGCCCCUUGUCAUCAUUUCCUUUGCCUCCAAUACCACCAUCAGCCCUCCCAGAGCUGCUUCAGUCCAGCCUAGAGCCCAGCGGUAGAGGGUCAAGCCCAGAAGAUGUGGCCACAGUGGAGCACACACGUGCCACAACCUCUCGAAUUGACCAGCUCAACUUAUGCGGAAUAGAAGAAGACAAGGGGCAGCAACCAGUUCUGGAUUUUAGCUAUCUGACUUCAGAAACAUCUUCUGGGAAACUCAACCCUUUGCAGGACCUUGGACCCUUGAGGCAUCCUUCAGCGUUCCAGGUUUAUAAAAAACACGAGUUGCCACACAUGUUUUCAGAGAGCGAUACGGUCUUACCAUCAGGAGGGGUAGUCGGAGGUGCAGGAGCAAAUGCAAAUACUGUGAGUGGGGGGCCACUAGGCAACAUGCCACUGCCCUGGAACCCUGAGGCACCAACAUUUACUCCCCGUGCUCAUGGAAACCAGGGACCAGCAUUCAUCACCCCUGUGGCUCUGUCCCCUUCCCCCUGGAGCUCUCAAGGUAAGGCUGCCUGUCACUGGCUGAGGCAGGGAACUGUCAGUAAGGCACCCAUUAAACCAUCUGCCACUGUUCCUAAGUCUUGGGCCCUGCCUGCUGCUUCCCGGGGCCCCGCCCCCCACACAAGGCUCCGUUUGGAAGGAAAGGUCCUUGUGCUUCUACGCGGUGCACCGGGAUCCGGCAAGUCAACCUUGGCCAGGGCCAUGUUGGAGCAUAACCCAGGCGGUGUGGCACUGAGCACUGAUGACUAUUUCAUUCGCCAUGGAAAAUAUCACUUUGAUCCUUAUACUCUGGGGGAGGCUCACGAGUGGAACCAUAGGAGGGCCACGGAGGCUUUUGAAAGUGGUGCUAACCCCAUCAUAAUUGACAAUACCCACAUGCAGGCCUGGGAGAUGAGACCCUAUGUGGCCCAGGCUUUGAAACACGAGUACAAGGUGCUUUUCCGAGAGCCUGACACUUGGUGGAAGAACAAGCCCAGAGAACUGCAUAGACGCACCAAGCAUGGCGUGUCGAUGGAAAGUAUCCGGCGUAUGCUGGAAAGGUAUGAGCGUUUUGUCUCGGUCCAGUCCAUCAUGUGUUCACAGCUGCCUGAGCACAAACGGACCCUCCACCAGGAGAGUGGACCCUCACAGUCAGUGUCUUCUGACACAGCUCACCCUGACCUGGUAGGAGAGCCAGAAUUGACACAGGCAUCUGAAAAGUCCCGCCCUCAGCUGUUUUCCUCUCUUCCUGAUGUGUCAUCCAUCGGGUGCUCUGCUGAGGUUAGAAUCCCGGAACACAGCAGCCAAAACUCAUCUGAAUCUGUCAAUCUCCUUUCCACUGAAAACCCCAAAAUCCCAGAUAAGGAUUAUGACAUGGAUCUGGGGGAGCUGGAUUUGGAACUGGAUGACCAGUCAGGAUUGGUCUCUCAAAGUGGAGAUCAGGGCAUUCCUGACUGUGUCAUGGAGUCUGUGCUGAGUGAAGAUGACCAUCGUGAAGAAUUGCCUAUGGCUUUCUCAGAAUCGAUUGGACAAAGGGUGAGAAGAGGGCGGCAAAGCAAGUCGGAUGUUGAUAGGCUGGAACCUGCUGAUCUGGUCAAAGAUACUAACCAGUCGGGGAAACAGGCAGAGGAUGUAGAGAAGACAGAGGGGUUGGAGGUUGGGGGAUCAGCUGGGGCUGAGGUGGCCUGGGACAGUGGGGCGAGAGGAAGGCCAGAGCUAUUGGAUUUUAUUGGGGACUGGCCUUCUAAGGCAGGACUGGAACAGCGAUGGAUGAGAAAUAAGGAGGGGGAAGCAGGGCUGACCGAGGAGGCAGAUUAUUAUGGCAAUAAAAAUAAGGCAGAGCCGGGACCUGAUGUAACAGAAUUCCAGAAGCUUCUUUAUCUUAUUCAGACAGGUGUAGGGUCCGUUGACAUUGAUUCCUCUCCUGGCUCAACCCUAUCCCUGAGCUCUGGAGAGGAAUCUGAGAGAGAAGGGGAGGCAGGGGGUGUGUCCCAGCAGUCCCAUUGCAAGGAAUUGGACAGUGAAGGGAGAGACAAGGAUAUGAGUGGCAGUGACAGUGGUAAAGCUGAAUUACCAGAUUGUGUGUUAGACUGGAAAGUAGUUGGUUCUUUAGUAGAGAGCAAACUCCCUCACAAAACAUUUGAAGUUGGCGAAGAAAAAAUAAAAAAUACUGAAACAUGCACUAGAGGGGGAGGUGAUCACAUGUUGGAGGGUCAUAUUGAAACAGGUUUUGUGAGUUUAAAGUCUAAGAACCUCAGUGAUAAUCAGUCUUCUCUAAGUGGUGAUUUGCUUUUUAUCUCAGACACUGUUGACAUACAUGUUACCCGUGAUAGAGAGGAAAGUCACAGUAUUGAAAGCGAUGUCAGCACAGAGGCUGAUACUGGUUAUGCUGAUAAGGGCAAUGAGAACUGCACAGAAUGUGGCUCUUUCAUGGAGAUCAGUGCUAAAAAUAAUGGCAGCUUAUUGGGUGAGGUCAGCCAGAGUCCCAUCUCUAGUGGCAGUGUCAGAGUAGAAAGUAGCCCUUUAAGUGGCAGGAAUCAGGAAAGAAAGCAGCGCCAGGGCCGCAAGUCAGGAAAACAGUGCAAGUUAGCGCUGACAUUCACUCAAAACUGCCCUACUUCCUCACCAAGAGCCCCUGAGGAAAGCACCCAUACCAUGCCUCAAAACCUUAACAGCAGUCCUAAUAGCACUGAACCAGAUAUUUCAGAUGACCUAUCUAAUCCUGACUGUCACCUCACUCUUGAUCUCAAACCCAGCCUUGACAUGAACCCUGAACCCAGCCCUAAACACAACAAUGAGUCAGAAGAACUACAACUCCAUUCUACCCUUACAUCAGUGGUGGACACUGGGUGCCCAACGCAGACAUAUCCUCAAGACUUUGCCUUUGUUUGGCGCCUUAAUCAUCACAGCAAUCCUAAUGACCCACUUUUCACUGUGGGCAACCACCCCUGUGGCAUCACUGUCUUGUCUGGUGAUGCUUCCUGCUUCCACCCUGAGUCAUCCCACACUGCUUGUGCCGCAGUUGCAGUUACCCAAUCAAGCCAAAAUGAGGUACCUUAUCGUGUGGUUCAUGAGAAAGGCACCCAGGUCGAGGAGAAAGAUCUCAGCGGUCCCAGAAGCCGACUGGAGAGCCUCCGUAUUCUCAGCCGUCAUUUUAAAUUGGUGAGUUUUGAUACAUUGGAAGACCUUUAUGACAAAUGCCAUCAGGAUUUGGAAUGGACUACCAACCUGCUACUGGACUCAGGAGAGAAGUUCUUCAGGGAUGAGGAUGAAGAGGAGGAGGAGGAUGGUACCUGGGAUGGGGGUAAUCACAAUACAUCAGCUCUGUGUGAAGCUUUAGGCAUUGGCUUAGAUGUAGGAUUGCACUCUUGCGUGGUAGAUGAGUCUCACCCUAAAGACUUGCCAGGGCCAGCAGGUGGUGUGGAGGUGAGUCAGGAAGUUUCAUGUCAGGGUGCUUCUGAUGGAAUAGAUAAUAAAUCAGAUGAGAGCUCCAAUACAGAACUUGGAUUAGCAGGGGAAACAAGGGAGGACAAGGUAGUGUCUGGGACUCCUGCAGUAACCGAGCAAAGCUCAGGAAGUUCUUGUAGAGGGACUCUUUCUCAUAUUAUAUCCACAAACAAGGACCAACCUAAUGAAAGCUCACACAUAGUAAAAUCUCCACAAACACUACUCGGGCUGCUGUGCACAGACAAAGAAGAGGGAUGUGAGAAAAUCGAACUGGAAAUGACAUCAGAGACUUAUGGCCAAGAUUUGGAGCUAGAAGGUGGCGCCUGGAGUGGAAGCAUGGAAGAUGGAGGAAUUUUUGAGGCGUCAAAGGAUGAGCGUGUGCGAGAAGAGAUGUCUAGUAUGGAUGAGGUUACCUUGUCACUUAUGGCAGAGCUGAAGGAAAUUGAGAUGAGAGAGAAAAAACAGAAAAAGGUGGAGGCGAAAGAGAGAAGAGACUGGGAGGAGAGAAGGAAGAGACACCUGAACAUUCAGAGUUUAGAGCUGAAGCUGCCAACUGAGCUGGCAUUACAACUGACUGAACUGUUUGGUCCUGUGGGAAUAGACCUAGGUACAUGCUCCAGUGAUGAUUACGCAGUGCAGAUGGACCUAAAUCUGGCUAAACUGCUUUACCAAAAGUGGAAAGAUACAAUCCAGGAAGGGCAGAGACAAGCAGCUCUCUCUUACCACUUGCUUCAGGAAAGUUCAGUCCACUGGGGUGAAUCACAGGCAGCCAAAACUGCUCCCAGGGAGGAGACACAGCCACCACACUUUCUGAUUGGUGCAGAUGGUUAUUCUUCACUUGGCAGCCAACCAGUUGCCCGGGAUGAGCUGCCGUUCAUGGACCACUGGAAUGUUUCCCGCCCCCAUGUCUCCCUCAGGGAUAUAAUGACAGAGGAACGGGCCCGACAGAGGGACAUGGAGAAGACCAGACAAAGUCACGCAGACCUGGACAGGCGAGAUGGGGCCACUUUGCUAAAAGAGAAACAGCUCUACUCCCUCUUCCCUGCUGUCGACAAGGACUUCCUGCAGGACAUCUUCAGAGACCACAAUUAUUGCUUGGUGCAGACCAAGCAGUUCCUCAACUCACUACUAAAUGAAGAGCCCGUCAAGACCGUUGUGGCCCCAGAACAACCCAGAUCUGACCCCCAGAGAACACCAAGCAAGGAGAGACAGAAGGGGCAGAAGAAGGUUACAGAGACAGUGCCUGUGUACCAGGAUAUGGAGUAUCCAGAGUAUGAUGACUUUAGGGCUGAGGCCAGCCUACAGAGGAAGCGACAGGUUGAAAGCUUUGCCAAGGCUGCAGAGGCCUAUCGGCAAGGACGCAAGGAAAUCGCUUCUUUCUACGCACAUCAGGGUCGCCUCCAUCAACAGCAGAUGCGUGAGGCCAAUCAUCGUGCAGCGGCUCAGAUCUUUGAGCGAGUCAACUCACCGCUGCUACCCAGAAAUAUGCUGGACCUUCACGGGCUGCAUGUAGAUGAGGCGUUGGAACACCUGGCCCAGGUCUUACAGGACAAAACCAAUGAGUAUCAGCAGGGUCUGUGUGAACCUCAGCUCUAUGUCAUCACAGGAAGAGGGAACCACAGCCAGGGGGGCGUGGCCCGCAUCCGCCCCGCCGUUAAAGACUACCUCACCAGCAAACACUAUAGGUUCACUGAGCCACAGCCAGGUCUAAUGUUGGUUUCUCUGAAGUGAAUGGAACAUAAUGGAGCAGAUGGAACCUUCUCAAAGUUUUUAUGGAGGGCAGCCGCCCCCCUCUCUGUGCCUCUGACAAAUGCUUGUCCUCUGGUCAUCUAGGCCCUCAGACGUCUCUCUCACUGUCCCUUUUUCACUGGUCUCACCAUGUAUUCUCUCUCUCUCUCUCUCUCUCUCUCUCUCUCUCUCUCUCUCUCUCUCUCUCUCUCUCUCUCUCUCUCUGUGUAUGUGUGUGUGGAGGAGGACUUAAUAGUGGCAGCCCUACUCUCUGCCCUUCAGACCAUAUACAAACUCAAAUCUCAACAUUCUGAUUCAGUCUCUCUCUCCC